AUGAGUUCUGACGAUGAGAGAGACGAGAAGGAGCUGGAUCUUUCCUCUCCUGAAGUUGUCACCAAAUACAAGAGCGCCGCUGAGAUCGUUAACAAGGCGUUGCAGGUUGUCUUAGUUGAAUGCAAGCCAAAAGCUAAGAUUGUUGAUAUCUGCGAGAAAGGAGAUGCUUUUAUCAAAGAGCAAACAGCGAGCAUGUACAAGAAUGCUAAGAAGAAGAUUGAACGAGGUGUGGCUUUUCCUACAAGCGUUUCUGUGAACAACGUCGUUGGUCAUUUCUCUCCUCUUGCCAGUGAUGAGACAGUGUUGGAAGAAGGUGACAUGCUCAAAAUUGAUAUGGGAUGUCACAUUGAUGGGUUUAUUGCUCUUGUUGCCCACACUCAUGUUCUUCAAGAAGGACCUAUUACUGGACGCAAAGCUGAUGUUAUUGCAGCUGCUAAUACUGCCGCUGAAGUUGCUUUGAGGCUCGUACGUCCUGGAAAGAAGAACAAUGCUGUGACUGAAGCUAUUCAGAAGGUGGCUGAAGCUUAUGACUGCAAAAUCGUUGAAGGGGUUCUUUCCCACCAGAUGAAGCAGAAAGUGAUUGAUGGGAACAAGGUUGUCCUAAGUGUAUCUAACCCAGAAACAAGGGUUGAUGAUGUGGAAUUCGAAGAGAAUGAAGUCUACGCAAUUGAUAUUGUGGCAAGCACUGGUGAUGGCAAGCCUAAGCUAUUGGACGAGAAGCAAACAACUAUUUACAGGAAAGAUGAGAGUGUUAACUAUCAGUUGAAGAUGAAGGCCUCCAGAUUCAUCAUCAGCGAGAUUAAAGAGAACUUCCCCCAUAUGCCUUUCACUGCAAGGUCUCUUGAGGAGAAAAGGGCACGUCUUGGACUUGUUGAGUGUGUGAACCAUGGCCAUUUGCAGCCAUACCCUGUUCUUUACGAGAAACCUGGUGAUUUCGUUGCCCAGAUUAAGUUCACAGUUUUGCUGAUGCCAAAUGGAUCCGACAGAAUCACUUCACAUGCACUUCAGGAGCUUCAGACUACUAAGACCAUUGAAGACCCAGAGAUCAAAGGGUGGUUAGCCUUGGGCAUCAAGAAGAAGAAGGGUGGUGGAAAGAAGAAGAAAGCCAAGAAGGCAGGAGAGAAAGGAGAAGCUUCAACGGAGGCUGAGCCAAUGGAAGCUACUAGUGAUGCUCAAGCAUAA